AUGUCAGCUAACGAGUACAAUGUGAUCAGUGUCACUCCUUCCAUCGGUCUUCUUCCAACUUCCUUUGUAUUUGGCCAACAAGUAGCACUGAGCAUUCCUUCUGCAAACACUGAAGCAGAGGAUGUGGACAGCCCAGAAAGUCCUCCGCUGCCUCUGCCCUGGCUCCCCCUGCAGGAUGGUCAACUAGACCUGACCGAAGAGGAGCCUGAUGAAGCCCCAGGAAGCCCCGGGAGUGAGGCAGCUGAAGAGAGUUCCCCAAGGCCUGGGUGUGCCGACCAGGACUACACCAGACCCAUGGUUCCACAACGGGGUCAGGCCGGGAGCUGGGUGGCUUCAGGCGAAGAAGCUGGUGGAAAUGAGUCUUCAGAACCUCCCGAGGCCCACCGAUAUGCUGGAUUCUGCUCAGUAAGAUCCUGGAGCAGUGGGACCGUGAGCCUUGGCCAACCUAGUGACAGUCUGGAUUCUCCCUGGGAAGGAGAGGCCGACAUCCCCCAGACUACUGCCAGGACAGGAGCCCUACCGCAGAGUUCCCACCACCACCUCCUGCCCCCUGAUGACAGAGCCAGAGGUGGCGUUGCUCCGGCAACGACCACAGAAUUCCAGGAUCGCUCCGCAUCACCAGCCCAGAGUCCUGAGCACAGCGAGAAUAGAUGGGGGAGAGACACCGCCAGCCUGUCCAGCCCAUGGUCUGAGGACCCAACCUGGAAGCAGACCAAGACCUCCUCUAAGCCGUUGCCAUCCCGAUUCACCGGCUCCAUCAACCCUCUGAGUCUCCAGUCUAGUACAACACAGAAAGACCAGUCACAGCCCAAGCAGGGAGACACUCUGGCCAGCCACUCUUCUUCCCAUGUCCCCAAGUACGGUCGGGGACGUCUGAACUACCCACUGCCUGAUUUCUCCAAAGUGGGGCCUCGGGUGAGGUUCCCCAAAGAUGAGAGUUACCGCCCACCCAAGUCCAGGAACCAUAACCGGCAGCCUCAAGACGCCACGGGGCCCCUGAUCUUCAAGUCACCGGCUGAGAUUGUGCGUGAAGUCCUGUUAAGCAGUGGAGAAGUAUCCCCGGCCAAGGACUCACCUACUUCAUACCCCGUCGCCAGGGUACCCCAAGAGUUCCAGACACCCGAGCAAGCCACCAAGCUGGUCCACCAGCUGCAGGAAGACUACCACAAGCUCCUCACCAAGUACGCCGAAGCCGAGAACACAAUCGACCAGCUGCGCCUAGGGGCCAAGGUGAACCUGUACUCUGAACCGCCCCAGCCCAGCCACAGCAGCAAGGGAACGGUGCCCCCAGGGACCAAGGUCUUGUCCUUCACCAUCCCACAGCCCCACUCAGCUGAGUGGUGUCCUGGUACUGACCAGGACCAUCAGGCAUCUGAGGCCACAGGGUGGCUGACAGCACCAGGAAACUUGAGCCCUUCCUCACCCUCCAACACACCCACUGUGAAGGGGCUCCCAGAGAGCCAGGGCACCACCAUGGAGUGGAACCAGGGACUGGCUUCCCAGGCCAGCAGGCUCCUGGCGAAGGUGGAUUCCUUUGAAGGACUGAUGCAAGAAGGACACCUCACACCUCAGGACCGACUUCAGGGCUUCCGGCGUCUGAGGGCGGCCUACAGAGGCCUGGAGGAUGACUAUCUGCAGACCAGCAGGGGGCAGCACCCGGCCACACAGAACACUGGCUCUAAGGGGACACCGGGAGAUCCCGAUUACUGCAGGGAGCUGGAGGCAGAGAUUCGCCAGCUGAGGAUGCGCUUGGAAGAGCUGCAGGACCACAUGGGUUGGAACCAGCAUGAGCUGGCACCAUCUGAGCCAGACCCAACCCAGGAUAGCGCCUCAGCCACAUCCCUGUCCUGCCAGCCAGCACGCCUGCUCACUCCUUUGGGAAUGGUCCCCACAGCAGUCAUGCAGAGCCCCUCCUCCGAGCUCCCUGCCCCUGCUGGCCCGUGCCCACCACCUGUGGAUGUGGAGCUGAGCCCCCGGAGCAGCGAGGGGGAGGGCAGCCUGCGGGACCUCCCAGCCCCACUCAAAGGCAAGGAGCUGCAGAUGGAGCAGGAUUUCCACGGCCUCCUGGAUCGGUACCUCAGCAUGAAGUCCCUCCCAGAAGCCUUGAGGGUGGAGGAGGAAGUGGAAGAAGAGGAAGGGGAGGAACACAACAAAAAGCCCAAGAAGGAGGACAGUCUUUACCCCCUGGAAGUUGAUGGAGCAGCUUUAGCAGGAGGGAGAAUGGAAGCCACUCACGUGACCCCAAGGCAACACCCAGUGCAGGCUGAGAAAAGUCACAGGGAUCCCUCAGAGCCAUCGGCCUUCCAGACAUCUGUGGCCAGGCACAGGUACGCGCCAGGACUGGGCAAGACACAGGCGGCUUCUGCAGGACGUGGCAUGGCACCCAAGUCCACAGCAUGCCAGCAGGGCAGUAUGGCCAGCCUGGAGGGCAGCGGCACCUCGGAGCACUUUGCACAUAAGACUCUGUGCCAGGCUAGAGGACUCCACAGAGAGGAGCCCUGGAUGGCCUCCCCUGAAACAGACAGUGGCUUCGUGGGCUCAGAAACCAGCAGAGUGUCACCCCUAACCCAGACCCCAGAACACCGCCUCUCCCACCUCAGCAUUCCAGGAAGCCUAGCCCACCCUGUCAUUGCAUCUGCCCUCCCUUCCAAGCCCAGGGGUCCCGUGAUCCCCAGGAAAGCUGCGGAGCCCAACACACCCAGGAACCGAGCCCAGAGGCACCUGCCCACCCUGAGCCUCCCUGCCCGCCAGGGAGCCCUCGGUUCCCACCUGGAGCGGGCCACGGGGGCCAAGAUGGUGGUCCCCGGCUCUGAGUUUGAGGGGCAGAAGCAGAUUUCCGAACAGCUCCCCCACAGGACGGCCCACCCAGCCCCCACCCUGCCCCCUGCAGCAGCCUCCCCGCUGCUCCCUGGGCUGCUCCCUGGACGGGCUGAGAGCUCCCCCAGCCUCCUCACCACCAGGACAGCACGAGAUCAGGCCAUCCGAGAUCUGCAAGCAGAGGUGUCCCGGCUUCGGCUCCGGCUGGAGGAUAGCCUGCACCCGCCCUCCCAGGGCAGCCAAACACAGCCAGGAUCCGCCUUUGAAAGCCCUUCCCGGACCUGGGGCCCGCUGACAGGUUCCUCUGUCACCUGGGGCUCCCACUGUGGCAGUAAAUCCACAGAGAGGCUGUCCGGGGAGCAUGAAGACACCGAGCAAGCUGUUUCCACAGGAAGACACCGGACCAGAUCCUCCUCGGUGCCUCGGGAGAUGCCCCGACGGUCCCUGAGUUCAGAAUCUGCAGUACCCUCCCCUCGGCUGUCAUCUGAGAAGAGCAAGACCACUGAGCACCAGCUCCAGGCAGAGCAGGAGGGGACCAGACAGGCAGGGCAUGCCAGACAAAAGGACAGGGCCUCCCUGCGGGGCCAGUAUACAGGUCAGGAGUACCAUGUUCUGUCCCCCAAGGCUGUCCCGAGGGACAGUGACGUAGCCUCCUGUCCCUACUGCCAGCCCAUGAAGACCCAGGACGCGGAUGCAGCGUCUCCUGCCUCUGAGCCUCUUCCAGACAGUGCGACCGCUAGUGACCCACCAGGACAAUCUGCCACGGAUGUCCUCCGCUGCCCACUGUGUGGUCAGAUGGGGUCCCUUGCAGAGGAAGGCAACCCCGCCUCAGCACCCUCUGCAGGACUGGAGAAAACCACCACCAGGAGAGAUGCAGCUCCCGCCUCCAUCCCCAAACGGAAGAGCAGGCGGAAGGACUCACCCACCCAGCCACCCCCAGGACUGUGGUACCUGGCAGCCACACCCCCAGUGACGGCCCCGCUGGCCUUCGCCUACAUCAUGCCUUAUCCACCCGCCACUGUGUACUAUGCGUCCCCAGCAGCUACCUCAGCGCCCUCGGGCUCCCAAAAGCCAGUCCGGGCCAACCGGCACUCUGUUCAGCUGGACCUGGAUGAGCUGGAUGAGCUGCAGGCAGCCCUGAGCCAGGCCGUGCAAGCUGCCGAGAGCGUGCGCACCACCACCCGCCACAUGAGCCAAUCGCUGGCCGCCAACCUGCGCCAGGCCCGGGGCCUGCAGGGUUCCUGCCUCUUCUGAUGCCUGGAUGCCCCCAAGAUAGGGGGUAGCGGCAGGCAGCCCCUGUGGUCCCCAGCUGGAUGUCAGCAACACCUGGAAGGCCUCCAUAACCCCGUCCACAGAAGGACCACCUCCCCACUCCAUCUGGCAUGGUUAGCGUGGAGGAGCGCCAGCCUGUGAUGAACGGACCAGCCCCGUCCAGCAGCUGCCGCCUCUGUCCGGAUGGAGCCUCCUGGGACUUGCCACUCCUGCACUUGUUCAUCACCUGCUAAUAACAUGUGUCUUACGCCCAGCUGGACAGUAUGUCUCUAUACUAGAGAGGUGUCCUGCUCCCAGAUCUUUCUUGGAAGGCCAGGGUAGAGCAGCAUCACCCUUCUGUGAGUGACCCCACCGCUGGGGAGAGCUGAGGAUGGGGAGCCCCAGGGUGGCAUGCGCUCAGCUCCUCUCUGGUUGUAGCCUUCCUCACUGGCCUACAGAUGGGAGGAAGCUCACGUUGGUCCAGGACGCCAUCCACCCCCCCCCCCCCCCCGCCCCGCAUUCUCAGUACCUCUCAAGGCCUGAGAUCUUUCUAGAGAUUUAGUGGCAUCUGCCAGCUGGGUACCCACCUGAGAAGCAUCAGGGGCCACAACACAGAUUUUCCCCCUUUCCCCUGUACCCCCUAACCUGUAGCAGCCAUACCUCAGCAUUCCUAGUGGUUGUGUGCGUGUGCAGAACAGAUAUUUGUAUAUUUUGGGCAUUUCAAAAUCUAUUUUCUUUACGAGAAUUAAAUGAAGCAGAAUGAAUUAUGAUCUUAAAAAGACAAGCAAAAAAAAAAAACCACUUUUUUUGA